AUGGCACCCCAGAACCGCAAGCAGCGCCGUGCUGCUGCUGCUGCAUCUGUCUCCGCCGACAGCGAGCCUUCAAUCCCUCUUGCCCAUCCUCCACGCGGCACUCCAUCGCAGAACACGCGCACCAAAACACUCUACGAUAUCAUCGCGGAGCGCCAGAACCAGCUCCUCGACCAGGAUGGCCAGAAGCAAAACCCCUCUCCAGGGAUGAAUAUACCGCAGGGAAUGCGAGUAGUGACCACCAAUGCAGCAGGGGAGGUUGUCGACACAGACGCAGACAGCUUGUCCUCGGACGACGAUGACGAGUCCGAACCCGAAAUCAACAAUAGCAACAACAAACCACUCCCACCUCUCCUUGACACCGUCCUCCUCACUCUCCCCUUGACAACCCUCCACUUCACACUCGCCUUCCUAGCAGCACACCAAUAUGCCGAAAAAACCGACUUCCGCGCCCUCUUGCAAGAAUCGCUCAUCGUCACCUUCCCACUCCUCACCUUCUUGAUUCAUCUCGUCCACGGGCACAUUUUUACCAUCCCGAUCCCACUAUCGCUCCGGCGCCGGGAUACAACAUCCAAUGACUCUGUCGGGCUAGUACGACGACUUAUUUUCCCGCCCUCACUACGCACAGUUGUCUUCCUACCCGUCGCGACGGUGCUAGGCGCACACCUUAUUGCUAUCACGAACGGGGAUCCGUACUACGCUGUCAUGAAGAAGGCGCCUGCGGUUGGAACUUUGUGGAUCUGGUGUAUUCUCGAAAUGUCCGUGGGUGCGGCGAUGUUGGGUGCAUUGGGACCGUUGGUUUGGGGGGUUUGGUGGAUGGGGUAUGGGAUUUUGUGA